UUGGCGUAGAGCAGCGAGUGAAUUAACCGCGCAAUAUAAAUGCGUGGACUAGCCAAAACGGACCCAACAAGACUUGAUCGUGUAUUCUGUUUUACUCCACUGCUAGUCUGAGAUUACUAUUUAAUGCUGCUAUUGUGAAUAUCACUUCCUUGGGACCGGACACAGGCCAACAAGAUCUACUACUGGAUUAUUGUGUAGAAAUUCGUGGCAAUUAAAUUCAUUGGAAUAUAUCUUAUUGGAUACAAGAACAGACCUACACACAUAGGUCGUAAAAUAUGAGUUUAAUAGUAUAAAUUCACACAUGAGUUCCUGAGAUUACAAUAAAGACUCUUAUCUGGAUUAUAUUUAUAGUAAUCUACCAGGGAAGAAAGAUCUACCUGAUUUAACAUACCACUCUAAGAUUAGGGCACGAUGGCCCCUCCUGGUGUCAACUCUUUCUUCGACCACAUGGAUACGCUGAGUGCGUUCGGCCCCUGCUACUACCACUCACCUUUCUCAAUAGCCCCCAAACCUUCGUUACAGCCGUUGAUGUCGCCGCCGGCGAUAAAAGCCACGUUGUCCAGCCCGCUGUCGUCGUCCAGGGUGGAGACGGACAUCCUGUCCAUUCUCUCCGACCACGAUUACACCAGCAAGCCCUCGGGAGGGCUGCGCAGAGGUGUCGCGGACGUCAAGGAGGAGUGCUCGGAGGACGAGGCCGAGUCGAGCUUGGAUAACGGCUCGAGCAGCGGGGAUGCCAUGUUGAGCAGUGCAGCAGACUUCAGCAACGAAAUUGUAGCAGACACAGACUUUUUACAAGAACUUGAUUCCUUAGACUUCACCGACCUUGACCCCUGCACAGAUGUAGCAAUGGAGGACAGUUUUCAAGACUUCAUUGACUCAGUGCUGGAUAAAUCAAGGCCUCCAUUCUUUGGAGGGGAUGACAGUGACAGUAUCCAGCAUGAGGCAGUCAUUCUCAACCAGGAGGAGUUCUUGGGUUUUCUAGGACUUCAGCCUGCAGGCAGCAGCAUAGUUGUGCAGCCCGAUGUUUCUCUUUGCAAGCCUGACAUUGUUUGCCCAGACAUUCCUGUGCCAUCAGAGGCAGUGCCAACUAAAAAAUGUUCCUCCUGCUCACAGUGGGAGACUGUGUCGAGGGUUGUGUAUUCCUCUGCGUCAUCUCACACCUACACUACAGUCCCGGCCAGAUCAGACAACAACGUCACCAUCAAACAGAGUCGCUUCCCUCUGAGCACUCUUAGUGUCAUGUCCCCAAAGCAGAUGUUGCCAUUGACAAUUGACACGUCUUUUGACUUUGCAUCAGAACUAUCUGGCCAGCUGUGUGGUCAAGUGGAGGACGUUGCAAUGCAGGAUGCUGUAAAACAACAGGGUAGUGAGGAUGAUGCCACCAGAGAUCUCUUGAAUUGGCUCCAGGAAGAUCCAAUUGAGCCAAGGGUUAGUAACUCUGCUGCAGAGCAACAAAAGCAGUUGAUCGUCCUGGCCCCAUCGUUGGACCUUGAGUCUUUUGUUGAUCUCGAAGACUUUGUCCAGGAUUCUUCUUGCCCACAAAUGCUGGUCCAUCAAAAUAAUGAUGCCACCUCAAACUGUAAUGGUUAUUUAAAAUUCUCCUUCCUGUCAACCGAUAGGCAUAGUCAGCACUUUGGAUACAACGAAGACAUUGUUGGUAGUUCUUGUGUCAAGUCAUCUCUGGACUAUUACAGUUCGCCAGACUCUCCGGUGUCCUCUAGGUCUUGGCCAUGUUCAAAUACAGCCUCACCGUCAUCCUCUCCCUCUGCCAGUUCAGUGGACUUGUCUUCCGCAGAGAGCACACAGUUAGCUCUUUUAAACCUUUUCUCAGAGGAGAAUGCCUCCGUCUUGCACAGUAUUGAAGACUCUGACCUCAGAUUUAUCUGAGAACAUUGCCACUAAAAGCAAGACAUACUUGUUAAAAUGUAAAUAGUUUGAUCUCACUGGAAAACAUGACACACAUUUCCCAGACAGCGAAUGGUCAUUGAAUAUUUCUUUGAAAAAUUUACAUUUAUACAUUUAAAAAAUCCUAUCAGGCAAUGAGGCUAAUAAAGUUCUUUCAAACCGAGGGAAAAAAAACAUUUAAAAAAAAUCUAGUCAGCAGCCAAAUUUUUCAAAACAACCUGUGAUGGAGAUAAUUCUGUUUUAGUUGUAGUUAUUAUUUUUUUUUUAUUUUGUCUUUCAACAUAACAUUUAUUUGUAAAGAGUUUUAUUCUUGGAUAAAUUUGAGAUAUUCUCCAAGUGGCUUAUCUGUUCUAUAGAAAAACAAAAUGUUAAGGAAAAAAAAUAUUUCCUUUUUUUUUUUGCUGGGGUAAGUUUACUUGCCCAAAGAUAAUUUAGCUUGAUAAAAUUUCUUUACUGUAAAAGCCAAGGUAGGCUGAAUUUGUGUGU